AUGGCAGCUGCGCCUUGGAACAUGGCUCGCCGAGCUGCCAUACGGCAAUCGCGUCACAGCUUUCUUGGCAUACUUUCACCUCAAAUAUCAUCUAUGCGUACUAUGGCAAGCGCUAGGCCGAAUAUGACGGUGGAACAAGUGAAUGAGGCUUUGUCUCUCUUAAGGUCUCAGCCUAACCAUUACGUGGUGGCGUCCAUUUCAGGCCGCACAUUCGUGUUAAGUAAUUCCGAUCUGAUCACGCUUCCGCGUAUUCGUGAUGUCAAGUUGGGCGAUGUACUAGAACUUGAUUUGGUGCACGAAGUGGGAAGUCGCGACUACACAUUACGUGCUCAAGAUCCGGCGCAUGGUGCAAGAAACCCCGAGGGCGGUCGAUUCCCGCUGGCACUUGUACGGAACAAUGAGCAAAAUACGCACAGCGUGCGCGUGGCGACCGAGAACCUGUACAAGAUGGCAGACCCUGCAUCUAUUGUGCCUUUCUCCCAGUCUUGGGCCGCCAAGCUGAUUCCAUCGGGUCUCGCACAUGUAGGCGCAGCACUUUCCCGCGACAUUGUUCGGGUGCAAUGCGUCGUUGUCGAACAUACCAAGGGUCCCAUGGAACGCAUUGAAAAGUUUAAGCGCCGCAAAGGUUAUGACAAGGUGAUCACGCACAAGCAGCCGUAUACCCGCGUCCGUGUCGAUAGUAUCACGCUAGGGACGCCUCAAUAG